AUGUCAAGCUUACCGUUAGAGGUCGCUGGUGUUUUAAAAAACUUCAGGACACUUAAUCGUGAACAACGCAAAGCAUUUCUACAAGGAUUAGUCAACGAAUGCGAUUCAUAUGACUUUCAUACACUUCAGCAAUGCUUAAAACAUUUGGGCAUGAUUGGAUUUGACUUGCUGGGAGCGUUGCCGGUCGAAUUGUCAGUGAAAAUAUUCUCACACCUUGAUCCUGGAGAUUUGUUAACGCUCCAUGAUUAUUUUUUCUAUAUCGUAGAAGAAACAGCACCCACCAUGAAUUGGGAACAAGCAUAUCAACAACUGUAUCGUCGAGAAAAAAACUGGGCCCAUGGUCGAGCACAAUCCGUAAAGAUAUUAUAUGGUCAUGAGGAACGAAUAAAUGAUGCAAAAUUAAAGGAGAAUAUCUUAGUGACCGGAUCCACGGAUCGUACAGUACGUGUUUGGGAUUUGGACAAGGAAGAAUGUCUACGUGUGUUCAAGGGGAAUACGUUUAGUAGCGUUGAUUUUUUGGUUAAAGAAAAAAUAGUGGCAGCGGCUACUUUUUUCAGAGCUUCUUUUAUUUGGAAUAUGGAAACUGGAGAUCUGCUACAAGAAUUAACUGGUCAUGUUAGUGCUGUUCGCGUUAUUUCGUUGAAUGAGACAUACGUGGCAUCUUGCGCUUUUGAUGGUAGCAUAAUCAUUUGGAUAUGGAAAACGGGAGAAAAAGUUGCCACCAUAAAUACUAAUGCGCAAGACUUUAGAUUUCUCGACAACACGAUAGUAGCACUAAGCAACAAUAAUAACAAAGAACUAAACGUGUACAGUCUACCAGAAGGAACCGCCUUAUUUUCUAUACCAUUCGACAAUGGUCUCCUUGGCUGGGCAUACUUCAAAAAUGUGAUACCAAAAGAUCAACCGACCCCACAAAUUAUUCUUACUCCGGAAAUGCUUGAAGAAUAUAUAACAUUACCAGCAAACAUUGCGAAACUAAAAUCUGAAUCACCCUCCUCAUCAUGGUCCAGUUCAACCGCGUCUACCGCUCGUGCGAUCGCCUUUGACACCAGAAAAGGACGAGUAGUCCGUGGUUUCCGCGAUCAAGAAGAUCAUAUGUCUGUUUCCGAACGUCUGUAUUCGAACAGUGGCUCGAUAAUUUUGGAUCUACAGCUUUUUGACAAGGUCGGGCAAUCAUCAAUGGUUCAAUUUGCACUUAAGCAAUCACAACCACAAGACCAAGAACGCGAACAACGUGAACGAGAAAGAACCGGGAAAACCAGUAGUAGGCUUGCGGAGCUUGCUAAACUGCGUAUACAGUCGUAUACUACGGUUGACAUGGACUUUCGAAUUGAGGACAAUAUAUAUAAUGACGACGAGUAUUCUCCAAAUACAGCAGCUAGUUAUAACACCACCGCUUCAACUAAUAAUUAUAAUAUGCAUCAUCUUCAUACGCUAUUUUCGGGCCACCUUAGAAAACAUAUUUAA